GACACCGCGCUCGUCGUCAAAAAAAGUCAGAAAGUUAAGGAUGGCAUCGCGCGGUGCCGAACGCGCGCCACUGCUCGCGGGCGCGUCGCGCGCCGCCGCCGACGACGUCGAAGGAGGCGCCCAACACCCCGCGAUGAUCCGGCCGAAUCAUCGCUCGAAGGCGUGGACGACGAAGCUCGCGAUAGGCGCGACGCUCGUCGCCGUCGGCGCGCUCAUCGGUGGCCUGACGACGUCCCGCAACGGCGCGAGCGGGUCGUCGACGUCGCUGUCGUCGUGGUUGGCGGGCUUCGCGGCGCCGUCGAGCGCGGAGGCUCGCGAGGGCGCCGGGCGACCGGGACGCGAUGUGAAAAUCACGCUCUUGACGGCGUGUUCGCCGCACGAUAUGAUUCGAAUGAAUCCAGGGACGUGGCAUCACAGAGUCGGGGCGAAGGUGACGACGAAGGAUCACGAUAACGAGAUGGCGUUUAGGAUGGCGCACCACUUGCGCGAAGAUCCGCUCAGGUGCGGGACGUACACCGGUACGGUACGAUUGCGCGCGGGUGUGCAGAUGAACUUCUGGCUGUAUCCGAUCAAGAACGAUGCGAACGAAACGUUGGUGUACGAUGAACAGUUUGAAUUCGCGCAGAGCGACUCGGGAUGCCGCGACGAAGGCAAAGGAGGCGGCGGCGAUCCCAACUGGGAUCGUUGCAGUCCAAAGUUCUCGCCCGCGCCUCUCGCGUUGGUGGGCACCGGUACCAACGAUGGGAAUUGCGUGCGGCGAUUCGAUGUGUAUUACGACGAACCCGAUCCUGGGCACGAGACGUUUUUCAAUCGUAUUUACGACGGGCGUCAGACCACUUUCGUGUGGGGGUCGUGCGGGAACGCGUGCGCCGACUACCAGCCGCCGCAAUGUCCGGUGUGCGCGAUCAACGAGUUCGUGCAAGGACACAGGUGUACGCCGUGUCCGCCCGGUUCGACGCACUACGCUGGAGCGCAACCCGCGGGCCCGGACUCACAGUGCGCUCCCAUUCGAUGCGGUCCGAACGAACUCGUGAAAAAUCACGAGUGCGCGGCGUGCCCGCCCGGCACGACGAACGAUCAAGGCGACAGCUGUAUGGAAGCCGAUAGUUCCUGCGAUCACACGUUGUGUGGAAUCCAUCAAAAAGUUUCCAACCACGUGUGCGUCCCAUGCGAACCUGGCAAAGAAAACGCCGCGGGCGACGACGCGUUCGGCGACGACACUGAGUGCACCGACAUCGUUUGUGGGUCCAACCAGUACGUCAGAAACAACAUCUGCCGAAACUGUCCAGCGGGAACAACUCGACCGAUGGGAGACAUCGCGUCGGCGGAAGACACGACGUGUAUCCCGACGUAUUGUGGCGAACACGAACGAGUCUCGUACCACGUCUGUCGCGCCUGCGCGGCUGGGACGGAGAACGCUGCGGGCGACGACGCCUCCGGGCAAAACACUUAUUGUGAAGCGAUCAUGUGCGGAAGUAACGAACGGGUUCAGAACCACUUGUGCGUCGCGUGUCCGGCCGGUUCAACAUCGCCCUCUGGCGCAAACGCCGCCGGUGGCAACACUGCGUGCACGCCGACGCUCUGCACCGAACACAUGCGAGUGGUUGGUAACGCGUGCGUGCCUUGCCCGGCUGGCUCGGAGAACGCCGCGGGUGAUGACGCAACGGGUGAUGACACUACGUGUGAUUACGGUAUAUGCGAAGAAAAUCAGCAUAUCAAAAAUCACGUCUGCACCGACUGUGCGCCGGGGACGCAUCGAACCGCUGGCGAUAUCACGACGAGCGCCGACACAACCUGCCCCGCAAUCCUCUGCGGCGUCAAUCAAAGAGUCUUAGGCAACCAAUGCGUGGGUUGUCCGCUUGGAACGACGAACGACGCCGGCGACGACGCUUCGGGCAGCGAUACCGAGUGCGAUCCCAUCAUUUGCGGGUUGAAUCAGCACGUCAUAUCUCACGCGUGCGUCGCGUGCCUUGACGGCUCUGCGAACGAAGCCGGCGAUAACGCCGCUUUAGGCAACACGGAUUGCGACGUCCAAAUGUGCGGCACGAAUGAAGCCGUGGAGUCAGCCGUGUGUCAUAAGUGUCCCGACGACGCAUCUCACGAAGCUGGAGAUUCCCCGACCGGAGGCGAUACCUCGUGCGAUGACCUCUACUGCCACGUUAACAUGAAAGUUCUCAGUGGUGCGUGCGAGGCGUGCCCACCCGGGACGGUGAACGCCAAUAACGAUCCGGUGAGCGGUGGUGAUACGACGUGCGAUCCGGUGCUUUGUCCCGUCCACAUGCGAGUUCAAGACAACGCGUGCGUGCCGUGCGACGCUGGCAUGGAAAACGCUGCGGGCGAUGACGCGAGCGGGAAAGACACGACAUGUGACAUCGUGCUCUGCGAAGAAAACCAUCGCGUGUCUGGCGGUGCGUGCGUGCCGUGCGAGCCGGGUGAGUCGAAUGAAGCCGGUGACUACAUGCUCGGCGCGGACACCACGUGCGAAGCGAUCCUUUGCGGCGUCAACCAAAAAGUCUCAGGCAAUGAAUGCGUAUCGUGCGAAGCUGGGACGACGAACGACGCUCAAGACGAUGCAAGCGGCGAUGAUACCACAUGCGACCCCGUCGUGUGCAUCGCGAAUCAAUACGUGACGGAAAAUACGUGCGCGUCGUGCGCUGCGGGAACGACGGCGCCGCCGGGCUCUCUCGCGAACGGCGACGACACGACGUGUGCGGCGACGCUUUGCGCGACAAACGAACGCGUCGACGAGAAUCACGCGUGUGUACCGUGCGACCCGGGGAUGACCAGCGCCUCCGGCGCCGACGCCAGCGGCGCGCCGACAACGUGCAAAGCUAUUCAGUGCCUCGCCAAUCAGCGCGUGCAAGAUCACGCGUGCGUAUCGUGCGAUCCGGGCUUCACCGUCGCUCCGGGCGGCGACGCCUCGGGUGAUGAUACGACGUGUCAGCUCGACAAGAACGCGGCGUGCCAAACGAAUCAGCACGUCGUGGACGGCGCGUGCGUCCCCUGCCCCCCGGGAACCACCAAUCGCCCCGGCGACUAUUACACCGGCGAGGACACGACGUGCGACGCCGUUUUGUGUGGCGCACACGAGUACGUCUCUUCGCACGUGUGCACGCCGUGUGCGUCCGGCCGAGAAGCUCUCGGUGGUGCGGAUGCGAGCGGUGAUGAUACUGUGUGCGGCGAUCCUAUUCCCGCCACCGCCACCAAAGUGACGCCGGAAUCGGCGCAGGACACGUACACCGCGCCGCUUUCGAAAUCCGGGAGUGGCAAGGUGACGAUGUCGAUCCCCGGCGACCCGGGCGCCCCAGUUGGAGAGUUUUCCCUCAUCGCAACGGCGUACGGCGCCGAAAUCAAACAAGACGUUCGUCAAGUGUCGUGGUACGCGUGGAGGGCGGCAUCUCGCAGCCUGAACGUCCACUCUCAGUGGGACAGGAGCAAAAGUCAACCAUGGCUACAAAACGCGAACGUUGCGUAUCUCUUCACCUUGAGCGAGCUCGUCGGCCAAGGAAUCGUAGUGGGUAUGGGCGACCACAAUACCAGGCUCCAUAGUCUACCAUGGUACUCGGGCAGUUCGAUGAAGACGCUGCCCGCGACGCAGUCGUACAGCAAAAAAGGCUUGGCGACUGGAGCGCAUCCCGUCAUUUUGAUCAACACUUACACGCCCAACAACUGGCCGGAUACGUUUGUGUGCAACGUGUUCAAACUCAGCACGAAAGGUGGGACGUUCAGAGUGCGCGUCGGACGCGCGGAUAGCCACGGUCAUGGUUGGGGCGAUAACGACAUUCGCGUCGUGUACGCGGCGUUCAAGCCAAACGCCCCGUCGUUGACGAAUGACAUUCUCGCCGCCGGCGAGAUUCAACUUCCGAAGCCUCUCCCGAUCGGCAAAAAGACGUUUUCAAACGUGACGCUCGAGCACAACUUGAACAGGCUCGACUAUCAAUGCCUUGCGACGGUUCGAAUCGACACCGACAAGGACCCCACUCGCUCCAUCGCUGUCGAAUGUCAAGCCGGAACCGCGAACACCAUCACCUUUAUGGCUGCGGAUUUGGAACUUCGCGCUUGGGACACAUACGGGCCGGAUGUGUUCGUGUCGUACAUGCUCAUCCCACUCGUCGGUGCGCCGGUAAUUAAACCCGAUCACUUUUCGGGCGUUCCGACGAUCGUCGGUUGAGAGCGCUUUAAUUUCAGAGUUUUAAUUACAGACCCUAAAGGUCGAAAUCGCGCAGAGCUUCGAGCGCCAGGGCGUAGUCU